UCUCGCGAAUCCGCCAGCAACGUUGCGACCAACAAUAUGGCGCUGCCGCCGUAAGGCACCUCCUCUCCUGCUCUUCACCUCAACAUGCCGUCGCGCGACAGUUCUCCAGGCCGCAAAGACUCGGGCAGCGCGCCCAACUCGCCGUCAAAGACGCUGGACAAAGUCGAGCUGAGCGAUCUGGACUCGAGCCCGCCGCGUCUUCCCGUCGAAUCGGACCUCAUGCAAUUGGCGCGACUGGGGGAAUUACGAUCGAUCCAGAAGCUCUUCGACAGCGGCCGAUACAGCGCCAAGUCGACCGAUGAGCAGGGCAUCACAGCAUUACAUUGGGCUGCGAUCAACGGACACCAUGCGCUAUGCCACUUCCUCAUCCAGUCCGGCGCCGACGUCAACGCGAAGGGCGGUGAUGCACAGGCGACGCCAGUACUAUGGGCGAGCAAGCGAUUCAACCUGCCAAUCGUAUCCUUACUCCUAGCCAGCGGAGCCGACCCAUUAAUACGAGAUGAUCAAGGAUACAAUCUGUUGCACUCUGCGACCCUCGAUGGCAAUGUAUACCAGCUCAUUAUGCUGUUACAUCACCCAGACCUACCUGUUGACAUACCGGAUGCGCAAGGCCAUACCUCGUUGAUGUGGGCAGCGUAUAAGGGCUACCCUGCAUGCAUCGAUGUAUUGUUGCGAUUUGGUGCAGAUGUACAUGCGACAGAUGAUAUGGGCUUCACGGCUCUGCACUGGGCGCUGGUGAAGGGCAACUACAUGAGCAUUCUGAAGCUUAUCGAGUACGGAAGUGAUCGUUUCGUACGAAGCAAGCCUCAAGAAGGACAGACUGAAGGCGAUACUCCGGCAGAAACAGCUGCCAAGAUGAAGAGUGAGCGCAUGUGGCAUCGUGCACUCAUCGAAUGCGGUUACGAUGAGUCUGGCAAUCCUCUGGCAUUUCCGAUUCCAUUCGUCAACGACAGAAGGUUGUUCUUCAAGCGAUUCUUCUUUCUAUGGCCCUUCGUGCUCGGUGGGCUGCAACUACACAUGUUGGCAUAUAUGAACCCCUGGGUAUCCAUCCCUGGUGUACUGGUCGUUGGCUACGGUUUGCAGUACGCAGUCACGAAAACACUACGCUGGGCCCCUUCAGACAUGAACACGAUGCACAAAACCCCUUUCCUCGCGGGCAUCUUUGCAGGUACUCUCUUCUGGGUUGGCGUCCGCUACAUCACCAAGAUACUCCCCAAUACUCUCUCUACCAACUUUCUCCUCAACCUGCUUUUCGCGACAAGUUACGGCCUCUGUACAUAUUUCUAUUUCAUGACGAUGACGGCAGAUCCUGGAUUCAUCCCUAAAAGCGCGAGUCGAGGCCAGACCAAGAAAACGAUUGAUGAGCUUGUUGAACAUACUGCUUUCAAUGAGACCCACUUUUGUACGACCUGUAUGAUACGAAAACCACUUCGGAGUAAGCAUUGCCGGCGUUGCGGUCGGUGCGUAGCCAGAGAAGACCACCACUGCCCCUGGGUCGAUAAUUGUGUGGCUGUCAACAACCACAAGCACUUCAUCUUGUAUGUGCUAUUCUUGAUCGUAGGCAUCGGGUUCCUGAUCCAGCUCACCCUUGCAUAUCUGGACGUAUUACCUGCUCCGAAAGACGCUACUUGCACGUUCCUGAGAGCCGAGCUUUGCGCGGAAUUCUCAAAAGAUCCGCUUACAAUAAUCACGAAUGCUUGGGGCUCACUUCAGCUUACCUGGACAUUCAUGCUUCUAUUCGUGCACUUCUACCAAGUCGCACGUAACAUCACUACAUACGAAAGCAUGCGAAAUACUGAUCACGUCAACCCACUAAUGACGGCUGUUGCUGCUGGUACGAUGAACGUCGAAUCUGCACAGCUAGACAGUAGUGGUGGCGGUCCCAACCCAACCGGACACGGCCACAAGCUCAAGAAAAAAGAAGGCUUUCUUACGAGGUGUGGAAAGAUGAUAGGAGCUGAUGUCUUCAUUGCGAUCGCCUUCUCAGGCUACAAAGGCCACAAAAACAAGAAACAGAAGCAACCGAAACGCACGAAUCCGUUCACGAGAGGAAUAUUACGGAAUUGCCAAGAUUUCUGGAUGGACGGGCCCGUAUUUGGAAGGAAGCCCGUCAACAAAGGUCUCCUAAAUGGCGAGAUCGUUGACUACGCAAUCAUGUACGAUGUACCUCGCGGCGGCAUGAACUACCGACGCGGCGGCUACGAAGAAGUGGCCACUGUAGACACAGAAGAGGUAUAAUGUCAAUAUUGUGAAGUGCUGAUGACCACUUCUUUCCCUGCUCCCGUCACAGAUCUUGACAAGCUCAUCUCGCUUCGAUCGACCGCUCCAUCUCCUCCUUCAAACCUCGCACCCACUCUUCCUGAUCCCUUCUGGGCCUCCAUUCCAGCCGCUCCCGCGCAAAACUCGCCUUCGUCAACCCAUUACUCGACAAACUCACCUCAAAUCAACUCCUCAUUCCCCUCGGGAAUCAAUCCUCCAGCAAACAAUUUUGCCCCUUCCGCCAGCGUCACAGACUCAACCUCUCUACUCCCCAGCACUCCCAUCUCAAACCCAGUAUCCGCAAUUCCCUGCGCAGCCUCUCCCCACGAAUGUCUCCCAUUCUCUGCAAAAAUAAUCGCUUCUCUGCCCCUCGGCAAUUUCUCCCCACCGUCCUCAAUGAACUCCACCAAAACGAGCGCAUACAACUCCGCAAGAUCUUCGACAUGUACAUGAUCUAGCUGCGCACCGCCCGUACCGAC